GUGUUCUCUCCUCUUUCUGAAGGUCCUCAUCGCGAGCAUCAUGUGCAGCUACAACAGGAACGACUGGAUGGAGCUCGCCAGCAUGGCCGAGGCUUCCGGAGCGGACGCCCUGGAGCUGAACCUGUCCUGUCCACACGGCAUGGGCGAGAGGGGCAUGGGCCUGGCCUGCGGGCAGGACCCGGAGCUGGUGCGGAACAUCUGCCGCUGGGUUCGGCAAGCGAUUCGCAUCCCAUUUUUUGCCAAAUUGACUCCCAACGUCACGGACAUCGUCAGCAUCGCGAGAGCUGCCAAGGAAGGUAAGGCUUCUAGACCCUCACCGAUGGCCCAGGUGUGCACUCGCGCCUGA